CGGAAGUUCCUACUGGCGCAGCCAUUUUGACUUCCUGACCUUGGGCUCCGACUGUUGGUUGUCUGUGGUCUCAGCCGUGUGGUCAUGUCUAUCUUGACGCCGCUGCUGCUGAGGGGCCUGACGGGCCCGGCCCGGCAGCUCCUGGUGCCACGCGCCCAGGUCCACUCCAAGCCGCCGCGGGAGCAGCUCGGGACCAUGGAUAUCACCAUUGGGCUCACCUCCUGCUUCCUGUGUUUCCUCCUGCCGGCCGGCUGGGUCCUGUCACACCUGGAGAACUACAAGAAGCGGGAGUGAAGGGGCCUGCUCUCCCCGUCACCCUGUGAUCUGACCACCCGGCCAGCCCAUCCUGAUCAUGUCUGCAUUCCUGGCUGGCUUCUCCUGGAUCAUGUCGUUCAAUUCCAGUUACCUCUUCUGAAUCAUGACUUCUCAGUGUUUCCAUGGUGAUAUCUGGGACCAUGUACAUUGCCCUGCCUGGUGGGGUCCCCUUGUAACAAUAAAAUCUAUUUAAACCUUG